AUGAAUAAGCAAACGCUCGACGAAGGCAACGAGGAUCCACUUACAGGCACGUUCAAAAUACUAGAUCGAAGUACAAAUAUCGAGAUCAACAUCACACCGAUUCACAUGAUCAGUUUGCACUCUUUACUCCCGCUGAUACCCACACAAACUUCCCUCGAUUCGCCCCAGAGCCUACUAUCGGAGCUUUCAAACGACAAAAGUGAACAAUCAGCCCUAGAACCAAUCAUGCAUAUCUUUAAAUCUAGUAAGAAACUACGACGUGAUUGUUAUUGGUUGUGUGAGUUGAAGUUCAAAGUUGAUGACAAGUUCAAUCACUGGGGUGCGAUGUUUCCGCUACUGAAUGCGGAGGAUGACAUCGGCGAUAAUGAACAGAAUAAGGAUGGAGGUAGAGAUGAAGCUGGCUGUUAUUUUGGUGUGUUUAAGGUGAAAGAACCAAUUUUGGAGGACAAAAAUGCCGAUGAGACAUACCACUUUGCAAAUGAACAAGAUUUGACGGCAAUCGAUGAGUUUUCACUCAAUGAGAAAGAGGAGGAGCUACAGACUAGUGAAACUAGCGAGUCAAUAGAGCCGUUUUCGAUGCAACCACCAACAAGGCCACAGAAUGAUUCGAGUAAAAAUGGGUUGGUUUCCCACGCGGAUUCUUCUUCCACCUUCUUGUCUCCUACCAAACGCGAAGACAGUCAAGAUCCAUUGCAGUUCCUAACUAAUCGAUACUACCAUUCGUUGUAUUCCCUUAAUGAACCCUUAAGUUACUUCUCCAAAACUUCUUUACCUCGAUUCAAGAACCUUUGCGAGGGAAACGACUCGCUUAUCUUAACUAUUCUUGACUCAUUAAUAUUGAACAUGGACAAGUUUGACUUAAGGUACGACGGGAAGUCUAAUGGGGAGCUCUUUGCAAGCGAGGCGAGCAGUUCACUGGGUUGCGAAUUCCAGCAUCGAGAAAAGUUCAGACAGAGAGUUGGGUUUAGCGUUAAACGAAACGUUGAAGGUGAUGGAAAAGAAGAUAGCGUUAAUUCUGGAGUGGGGCUGUUACACCUUGAUGGCAUUGAUAAUGAGAAAUUGCAGAGGUUGACGUUGGAAUUGAAAGUUCGUGAAGCCCAGCUACAAAUAAUACUCCUAUUUGAAGCUUUCCAACUUUGGAAUAUAGAUGAGGACGAGUUCUUGAAGCAAAAUUUACAAAAACAGAAUGAGUUGAUGAAGGAAAGUCAAGACCAACUAAAAGCAAGCUUAGUUCGUGCUCGAAAAAGGCGGAGAACCAACACGAAGAAAUCAACUAAUGGGCAUCAGGAAAAGAAGGAGAGUAAACGAGUUAAACCAAUUACUUUGCUGGGCCCAGAGUCACUGAAUGAGAUGCUGAAUCGCGGGUUUGCUUAUUAUUUGUAUUUAAAUAAAUUGAUUGAUAGGUUGAACUUGUGGGAGGUGUUGAUGGUGCCCGACAAACAUGGCAUGCAAGGGGGCCGUAAUGUCGUUGCCAAUGGCAAUAGUGGGGGAUCUUCAUCUAGUUAUGGGUUUUUGGCGUAUGUCUUGGUGCCGUAUUAUGGUAAAACAUUACCGCUCUUGAUGAAAUAUGUGAUUCGCAACAUGAAGAAUACAAAUAUGGAAUUGACUUCGAAGGUGAAGAAAAAAAGCCAUAGCAAAAAGAGAACAAGCUCUAGGACUCUGUCUGCUACAGACAUAUCAGCAGGGUCUGAUAAAACCCCAAUUGAGGAUGGCACAAAUAAAGAGGACGGCGUUGGUGAAGAGAAGGAAUCUAAAGUGAAACGGAAAUCAAUCGUUUCCAGUGACAACAAUGACACAUUGAUCAAGGACAUUUCAAUUGCAUCUUUGAAAAGAUCAAAGUCAAAUCUUGGAGGACAAUCGUCUCGUGAAUUAUUGGACAAACGACAAGUUGAUUUGAAUUUCAAACCGCCACAAUUGAAGAAGCAACUUAGCUCGAAUUUGGAUAAUGGCGGUGCAAUUUUGUCGACAAAUUCAUCGUCGUCGCUCAUUUUUGGCAAAGCUAGAAGGAGCAGGACUUUGCCUAGAGUGGGAUCCACAUCCGAAAUCACUCCACUGAUGAAUGUCGCGCAAACUCCUAUGAAAGGAGGUCGUGAAGUAGUUCCCAAUGGGACUAGCAUUUCUGAUAGCAGUCGCGAUUUGAUGAUGCCAUUUUCUCAAGUUGACGCCACGCCAGCGAAACAAAGAGUAGUUGACUUGGAGAUAUUUACACCGGCUCGUAAACAUCAUGCGUUGGAAUCACCUGUGAGUAGUACCAUGAAGAAACAAGCACCAAACUCCAUUUUUACUAGUCCUGCAAGUGCCAAUGACGCAUCGACAUUUUUGAAACCUGCGUCUGGUCUGAUGGCACAAAGAUUGCAAUCUGUGGCAUUGGGUAUUGUUCCUGAUGCUGCAAAAACCACGUAUCUUCAAGAGGAAACGUCUCUGGUUGCAUUUACGCCGAAGAAAAGGAGCACCGAUCAGACUGUGACGAUGCCUAGAGACUCUCCACAUGAUUUGAUUGUGGAAGCUACUCCCCAACGUAAUCAACACAACACUCCACAACUGAAAGCUCCUCCAUAUAUUUCAAUCGUUGAAAGUACUCCUGUGCAAAGUAGUGCUAAGCUUCUGGCCUUAUCCAAAGAUACUGCUGAUACGGUAGUUCAAGCAACACCUCAACAGCAGCGCUCCCCACAACAGCAUAUCCAAACACCAAUUAUAAAGCACAAUCAAGAGAGCCAGUUCAAGUCGCCAAUUGCAUUACAAAAAAAUGGCAAAUUUUCAUCACCACUGGUUCAAAAAACGAAACCAGGUGAUCCCGUUGCCAUUAAUGAGUCACCGAUAUAUAAUGCGUACGCCACGACUGGAUUGCUUUCGUUACGAGGCAAAAGCACCGCAGAAGAAGUCAGCGAUGACGAAGGCGAUGCCGCAUAUGAUUCAGACGAGAUUCUCAAUCCCAAAAAGAGGAAAAUGAGAGCUACUUAUUCACGACGAUAG